AUGGGAAGAGGGAAGAUUUUGAUCAAAAGGAUUGACGAUACUGCAAGCAGGCAAGUGACUUUCUCGAAAAGGAGAAAGGGAUUGAUGAAGAAGGCGAGAGAGCUGGCCAUUCUUUGUGAUGUAGAAGUUGGGCUCCUCAUAUUCUCCAGCACUGGAAGGCUUCAUGAAUAUGCCAGCACCAGCAUAAAAUCUGUGGUUGAGAGAUACAACAGUUGCAAGGAGGAACAUGAACGACUGAUGAAUCCAGAAUCAGAGGUCAAGUUCUGGCAAAGGGAGGCAGAAUUAUUAACGCAGCAAGUACAUAAUCUUCAAGAAAACCAUAGGAAGUUAAUGGGAGAACAGCUUUAUGGUUUGAGUGUUAAAAACCUUCUGGAGAAUCAACUGGAGAUAAGUCUCCGAGGUGUCCGCAUGAAAAAGGAACAAAUUCUAAAAGAAGAAAUCUACCACCUGAGGAGGAAGGGAAACGCUGUCCAUCAGCAAAAUGUAGAACUCCAUAAGAAGGUAAACCUCAUUCAACAAGAAAACAUGCAGCUAUACAAUGAGGUUUAUGCCACAACAGAUGCGGCUGUAGCAAGCAGGAAUGCUUUGCUGUCGUAUGGUGUGCGUGCAGAUCAAGAAGAUCCACAAGCAAUGACCCAACUUCAGUUAUCGCAGCCUGAACCGGAAGCUCACGAGACAUCAGGCAGCGCCACAAGAUGA